AUGUCGGCUUCUACCUCCGAGCCCGAAGAAACUCCCGUGUUACAGUACAUAAUCACACACAUAUUUUGCCCUAUCAAGUUGCCCCAGUGUGACGAUUAUACUGCUGACAGAGAUCGCGCCCUCCUCGAUCUGGUGCUAGAUUCUGCUCGCAAUUUUGCGAGCCGUUCACCCGACAGCGAUCAGGAGCAUUGGAGUCAUUUAUUGAAGAUGCUGGAACACCUUGGGGUUGCGAUGACUUCUACUUCUCUGACACAGGAUGUUGAAUCGCAAAUUCGAUCUAUGCGUGCUGGAGAUGUUCUUGCAUAUCUGAUUCGAGCACAAAAUGCAGCUGUCGUGCUUCGUAGGCUCGAUGAAAAGACGAUAUUUGAAUCCUUUGAAGUUUCUCCGCUGGCGUCUACUGUCAUGGCAGCACAGGGGAAGCUCUUGUGUUCGUAUCCAGGACCUGCAAUCGCCGUACCAAACUCAACUGUGGAUAACCCUACUUUUCUUCCCGAGUUGUCGAACUUUCUUGCGCAUAUGAACCGUGAUGUAUUAGAUUCGGCAGCAACUAUGACCGAAGGGCGCUCUACAGUUCUCAAACAUGGAGACACCGCACAUCCUCGCUAUAUCACCGAGCUUUUGACUGGUAUCCUUCGUGCCUUUGGCGAGCCAGCUGACAUCCUUCGUAUCCGAAAACGUAUAGGUGAUGAUGUUUCAUGCUCGAAGGGCAACCUUCCGUGGCGAAGAUCAUCCCUCUGGCUUGUCAUAAGGGUUGUGUUGCAGACAUCCCUCGAGCGUACCACUCUUGGUCGACAAGGGUACAAGGCUUUUAUGGCCUCGCUCAUGACAGACCUUGUGUUCAAAGCACUACAGGAGGAUCUGUCGAGCGAUCUGCUCUACUUUAUGUCCACCAAAAUCAGUCGGCGUUUGGUCAAGCUUCAAGUCGAGGACGGAUUUUUAGUGGAGAUGAUUCACAAUGCGACCGAGGGCAUCAGAAAUCGACUGGAACUGCGCUGGAAGGACGUCCAGGAUGCUCAGGCACAUUUCCCUCACUGGGAUGCCUCGAAGAUCGACAUAGACAUAGACACCAGACUCUCUUUGCCAGCGAGCGAAGAGUAUAUCGUUGGCGUCCUACAACGUACCUAUGUUCAACCUACAGUGCCAGAUUUUCAACCUCCUCAUUAUCCACGGGGCACUAUCGAUGACUUCCUUGAUCCCGAUGACAAGUUCUUCGCGGAUGCUUAUGCCAAGGACCCUCUUUUAACACUUUCUGAUUUCGAAUGUGCCAUUGAGCAGGGCAUCACUGGUUGGGUGGAUAAAAACAUCAACCUUGACGCUGGUCAAAUUGAUGUCGCUUGCCUGACCAUUCAAGCGUGUGCCACCAGUUAUGCCACCAGAGUCGGAGGGCAGCUUUCCUAUUCCAACAAUCCCGAAAAUAAAUCCAUCAUGCUUCUUACAUUGUUCGAACUCUGGGCUGCACUCGACAAGUUGGCUGUUAAAUCAAUUCCCCUCCUUAAAGAAUAUUCUCCAGAAGUUCCUGUUACCAUUUUCAAUCGUCUUCUCCUUCAAAACGCCUCUGAUUUGGUGCGUCUCAAAUGUCUUCAACAGUAUGUUGCUGCUCGCAUCCGUGAUGCACACUCGGGUUUCUCUGUCUUCUCGAACAGCAUGGGCGUAGACACGUUCGCACUGCGCUGCUAUCGCCAAUCCGAGGAAUUACAGUCAUUGAAGCGCAAGAUCGAGCACGAUGCAGGUGUUGAGCUGCGCAUGCGGAUCGACGAUCUUCAUGAGAAGAACGCCAAGUACGAGGAUCUCACCCGUGACAUCAAUGCUCUCACAUGCGGCACAUACAUGGAUGCGCGAGGUUCAAGUCGACAUGACAAUAAUGGUUGCCGCAAGUGCAGGAAAUUGGAGGAGAGGAAGCGUCUUUCCAUUGAAAUUCAUGAAUGGCCACUUCCCUAUGAUGGCAACCAUGCAGCGGUAGUGAUAUUUGAGCUUGGUGCACCGACCACUUUCAAGAUGUGGCGAUCUUUUACUGUCCACCUUCUUCAUGACAUAUGCACCCCAGCUACCAAACCAACUGAAAGCGCAACACAGUACAUGCUGCUCACGCAUUACAAGCCUCUUUUGAACUAUCACUCGAAGCGUACCGACCAGCAUAUUACGUUGGCCUCUGAGACACAGUCCUUCCUGUCUUCUCAGAGCCGCUUGAAAUCCCUUCCAUGCACCGAAAGCGACAUACGCGUCAAGAAUGGGCUGCGUUUUCGCCUUUACCACGCAACUAGAGGCGUUUGGAUGUCUAAUCUAUUUCGAAACACCGACAUAUCUGAUCUAUGCAUGUACAAGUUGCCACCUGGCCCGUAUCACGGACUGCAAAAUUACCUGUCGGGCACCGAGCACACCUCCAAUGAGGUUUUGGCCAACCAGGCUUCGUGUCCUGCUGAAUUGACACUCCAUGAAUUCAUUGCUUUCGGCAACCUCCGUAGCGGCAGGCUCCUCCAAUGGUUCAACAUUCUUCGUGAAAUCCGAGCACGUACGCUCGCCUUUCGCGAUCCAGAAGUCCACUUUCUGCUGCUUCAGGCUAGCCGUGAGGUGGGAGAGCUUUCAGGGGAUGGGUAUAGGGUAUGGCACGACGAAUUGCGAGUUUCAGAUUUCGGGCAUGCCCUUAUCGACGAGCUCCAAAGCUUAAAAGUUGCCGUGGAAGCUAACUGGCUCGAGUGGCUAACGAUGGCAACUAUUUCUACUCUCGCAUCCCGCCUUCUCUCAUCAGCAGAGGAUUCCGGUGUCAUCGAGCGAUUGCACAACUUGCUGCGUGUCGUCCGAGAUUCAACUUUCAAAUUGGUGCAAGAACUAUCCAAGGCUCUCCAAGAUGCUGCAGACGAAAAAUCUCGUCAUGAAAUCCGGGACCAUGUUCGCAACAUGGCAGCAAUUUGUCGCAGCACCUACGACGUAGGCCCAGACAAUAUUAGUGAACUUCUCAAAUCGUCACAUGAUUUAGAGAUUCUGGUGUACUGCGCUAUUAUCUUGAGGGACAACACGCCUCUCAAUAUACAUAAUCUUUCCCCAGCUUCAAAACUACUUCUCGAACGUGACCGUCGGUUAUCACACUUCUUAGAGAUUCAUUUCCGACGCCAUGUGGAAUCUAGCGACGAAGGUCUUGAUCAGGCGAUGAUCCAUCUCUGGCCUGCAUACCGGCGUCACGCGCGCUGGACAGUACUUGAAUCUCCAAACUCUCGAUGGCUUAGAUGUGAAACAGCGCCUUCCAGCGAUGUGUCACGGCGUCAGAUUAUUCAUCUUGAUAUAUUGACGGCAUGCCUAUUGGUCGACGGCAAGCCCUUAAGAAGGUUGCCAGAGUCCUUUUUAGAGCAUGCUAGCUACCGUGUACUCUUCGAUGAUCAAGAGCUUGAUGUUUUCCCUGCGGAAAUGCCCGGCUUCGAAUUUGCGACAAAAGCUCUCAUACACGGCUUUCAAUUAUUUUUCGGGAUGCACAGUCAGGAAGUUGUCAUUCGAUCGAAAUGUGACGACGGGGACCUUCUUGAGCUAAUACCUCAACAUAAGCUUGAGUCAGACGUCCCUGCAUUCUUGCUCGAAGAUCAUGUGCAUUGGCUCAACCUAAGGACUCAUGCGAUCGAAUUUCGUCCGAAGAAGAGAAUGUGGGAGCCGUCCGACAAAAACUGGGUAUUGCGAUUUAUGAAAGGCGGCCAGUCAGUCGUGCAACGGGGUCAAUCAACUCUUUUUGACAUCCAUAGUCCCACCUUUCACAUGAUAGCGAAGACACUGGGCCCACUCGAAGACCUUCAAUAUCUGGUUGUCACUCGCAGUGUGGAAGCAGGCCAGACUGUAGUCAAGGUCGAACUCCCUCGGUUUGGUCUCUCUUUCUUUAACAGAGAUGGAGACCUGCAUUCGCACGACCAGAGAGGCAUGGUUGUUGACGAAAAUCAGUCCACUGGCACAAUGCUUGGACUCGUUAACCAGCUCGUUUUACGCCCCAAAGAUCAACGGACUUACAGCAAUCGUCGUGUCAUCAUCCCACAAGGCAUCGUCAAAGUAAAGCCUGAAGGCCACCAUGUCCAGGUCACCAUUCAUACUUCUUCUGAUACUGUUCGCCGUCCCUAUCAUUGUUAUACCGUUGACACGGAACUCUGUCGCCUGGCGGGAAACAUUGAUUUCACAAAUAAACUGUACAAGGUGUACCUGCACGCUGUGUGUAGUGCCCAUGUUGCAGACCCGUUGACUAAGCGUACGGGUGUGGAAGAAGCUAUGUAUUUACUGCAAUCCGCUGCAUGUUAUUCCUUCAUGAAGCUCAACCAGUUCGACUGUGACCUUCUAGCUCAACUAGGCUCCUUGACCGUCCGUCGAACGUGGCAUCGUACUCAGGAGAUGUGCAUGCAGAACGUUCAUUGGCAGGAUGGCUUGUCGUCUUAUAUUCAAAGCUGCGCAUUUUACCAUGCUGUCAGAAAUAUAGUCCAGUAUGCACAAAAACUGCGGGUGCUCCAGGAGGUUUCGAUCGGUCCGAACUUUCCAGCACAGGAGAGGUCCCUCCUGGAACGUGGCUCUCAGCGGUCCAUUGUCCUUUACUCCCGUGACUUCGUCCAUUCCUUCUAUCCCAUCAAAUCAUCGAGUAGUGAAUAUCCUGCAAGGGACAUGGUCUACCGCUCAAUCGACGAACAAAGGUCUUACGAUUGCGCGUGUAUGGUGCGCGACUGGAGUAUCACUUUGGAACCUUGUCAAUCGCUCUAUGAUGUUUUCGCUCAGUGGAACAAAGUGUCUGGGGAGAUGCACAAUAUAUCUCUUCGAUACGAUGAAGGAUGGUUGAACCCUGAGUUGUCCAAGAAAUGGAUAUCUUUCUACGAACUUUGCCGCCACGCCAAUCGGGAAACUCGUACAUUUCAGCUCGCUUUCACACUAUCAGCCAUGGCCUACUCCUCCCCAGAGAAUGUGGCGCUCACAGCAACUAUGUUUGCAUUCGCCGUUAAUCCCAAAUUCCGCUCCAUCUCCUCCCCUAAAUACGAUCUAUAUGACCUUUCCUUCGGAAUCAAAUCCCUAGAACAUAAUCUCUGCCAUCGCAUUCCCUUAUAUUCCACCUUCCAAAAUAGCCCCGAGGCAUCCUUGUCUCGUCACUCGGACGAGUUAUCUCGUGAUUUUGAUGCUCGGCGAGAAGAACUCUUCCAAUCACAAUGUCUUUGUGAGCAGAAAGAGGCGAUCAAUGUCCUUCUAGGUCUUUGGCCUUGCUAUUCCGUCCCUAGCCGUGCACUGGAGUGUCUUAGCGGCGCUCGAUAUGACAAGUCUAGCCUCGCAGCUUACCUUGAGACACUGUAUUCAAACUGCUAUCGCAAUCAUUGCCUGAAGAUAUAUUUGGAUCAAGUGCAGGAUGUGCUUGACGAAGUGAGACGAAUCCCCUUACCAUCCGUCAACUUGAAGCAACCAUACACGUUCGCUCCGAGCAAUUCGGUUGUUGUAUCGGUAAUCACCGUUGUCCUUACUGAAGACUUGUUCAAAAAGCCUGCUCCUGUUGUCACAUUACUAUCGGACGAUUCGGAUCCACUCGCACAACUUGAAAGCUCUUUCCCACUGAUUGGAAAUUCUUCUGGGAGCGGGCUCCAUUUGACCGCACUGGACCAUGUCAUCUCAACCUUCUCGCGAUCUCAAUCUGAUAAAUUUGGUCGCCAGUAUGCUAAAGAUCUACAAGACAGCAGAAUCCAUCUAGAUAACCAACAAUCAUCAUUCCCCCCGAACUCAAUGCCAACGCUAGUCGACAUGUUGCAACUCCAUCAUACACGUUGUAAUGAACUCUACAGCACCACUUUUCACGACUUGGAAGAAUGUCUAGCUCCCUCAGGCGUGGUGGAGUGGAGUUUGUUCAACUCCGGGCAAUGGCCGCGCAUUACCAUUUCAUUUCUACUCCAGCUUCUCGCCUCCAUGUCAAGGACACAUCUUUGCGACUCGUGGAAAACCGCUUUGACCAAAUUUGCUCACAUUCUUCUUCGGUUACAACGAUCAAAACGACUUUUGAGACUGGUGGAUGGUGGAGACCACGAAGAGCUUGUUAAAGAGCUGGUAAACAAUGGCUACCAAAAGGUAGAUCGUACACAGGGAUAUCUGGACUGGCUUCUGAUUCAGGCAGACAACCGAUUCCUUAUCCGUCCCAUGCAAGCCGAUGUGGCAACUGAGAUGAUACGCCCAAAAUCUGAAGACAAUACCGCUCUGCAGCUUCACAUGGGGGAAGGAAAAUCUUCUGUGAUCGUACCUAUCUGUUGUGCUGCACUAGCAAAUGGCGAAAAGUUGGUCCGCGUUAUCGUGCCCAAGCCUUUGGCAGUGCAAAUGUUUCAGCUACUCGUGGAACGGCUCAGUGGCCUUACGAAUAGGCGAAUUUUCUACUUGCCAUUCUCGCGGUCUUCUUCAGUUAGCCCUGGACAUGCAGAAACCAUCCAGUCACUAUUCGACGAGUGCAAACGUGUUGGUGGUAUCCUUGUUGCCCAACCAGAUCACAUUCUCUCUUUCAAGUUGAUGACUGUGGCGCAGCAGCUUCCCCCCGCAAAUGCAGGUGGACAGGGCUCACUGACUGGGCCUACCGCGUCCCUGUUGGACAGUCAACGGUGGCUUGAUACUUACACUCGCGACAUACUUGAUGAAAGUGACGAACUGCUGCGCGUUCGUUUUCAACUCGUCUAUGCUAUGGGUCCCCAACAGCACUUGGAAGGACAUCCAGACCGAUGGGCCAUAACACAACAAGUGAUGACUCUUGUAGCAAAACACGCUUACCACCUGCACCAAGAAUUUCCUCUUGGAGUAGAGUUCAGGCCAGUCCCAGGUGCUGUCGGAAGAUUUUCACGUUUCAGAGUCCUGGACGUUCGUGCAGGUGAAAAGUUGGUUCAGCUGCUUGCUAACGAUGUCCUUAACGGAGAACUUCCCAAUCUUGCUCUCGGACAUGUGCCUUCUCAUAUAAAAGACACCAUCCGCAAGUGUGUUACUGUUCCCGCUAUUGACGUGCAGUACCUUGAUCAAGUCCGAAGUUAUUGCACUGGGUCUAGUCUGUGGAACGGACUACUACUUAUUCGAGGUCUCCUCGCUCUCGGUAUAUUGAUAUCCGUGUUGAAGGAGCGGCAAUGGCGUAUAGAUUACGGUCUAGAUCCUCAACGCACUUUGCUCGCUGUGCCAUACCGAGCCAAAGAUGUUCCCUCUUCCAAGGCAGAAUUUGGACAUCCAGACAUCUCAAUCGCCCUUACAUGUCUUUCGUACUACUACGCAGGGCUUACUAAGGAGCAGUUAGCCACCUGCUUCCGCCAGCUGCAGAAGCAAGACAAUCCCACACUGGAGUACGAGACGUGGAUCAAAGGAUUGCCUCUUCCAGAAAACCUGCGAUACCUCAGUGGGAUCAACACAGUGGAGUCUACUGAGCAGUUCACUGCCUGUUUGAUGCAUCACUUCGCACAUAACAAAGCUGUUGUAGACUUCUUCUUGGCUCAUGUCGUCUUUCCAAAAGAAGCGAAGGGAUUUCCUCACAAGCUAUCUUGUUCUGCAUGGGACCUCGCAGAGCAAAAGUCUUCUAGGUUGCCCACCACUGGCUUCAGCGGAACAAAUGAUUUGCGUUACUUGCUUCCCACUUCCAUAUCACAACGUGCACUAUCCCACCAGCGUGGUACGAACGCCACAGUUCUCAUGUACCUUUUACAGCACGAGAAUGAUCAUUACGAUUCGCAUGCAGCCGGUGAAGGCGCUCUGGAACUCCUUAGGGUCAUCGCAAAGCAGAAGCCGGAGAUACGGGUCUUGCUCGAUGUGGGUGCACGAGUGCUUGAAUUGCAGAAUGACGAAGUGGCGGAGAUGUGGCUAGAAAUCAACCAGGAUGCUCAAGCAGCAAUUUAUUUUAACGAGCACGACGAGCUUGUGGUGCGCACUCGGGAUCAACUCGUAGAGCCAUUUAUCGUGUCUUGCUAUGCUCAACGACUGGAUAAGUGUGUCUUGUACCUGGAUGAUGCACACACUCGAGGAACGGACAUCAGUUUUCCCCAGGGAUUUCGCGCAGCUGUCACAUUAGGUCCAAAGGUCACUAAGGACCGCCUUGUUCAAGGUUGCAUGCGCAUGAGAAAGCUCGGCUGCGGCCACUCAGUCAUGUUUUUUGCACCUCCAGAAGUAGACCGCAACAUCCGGGCCGUGAACAACAAAGGCGACACUGAGGACAUCCAUGUGUCGGACAUCCUCGUGUGGGCAAUGACUGAAACGUGCUCAGACAUUCAACAUCAUACUCCACAAUGGAUCCAACAUGGAAUGGAUUACAGAUCUCGCAACCGUUCGUGGUCUUCAUUCUUGUCUGGCAAUGUUACUCCCGCUGCAUUCGCCUCCUCGUGGCUUCAGCCAGAGGCUAGGCAUUUGGAAGAGCUGUACGCCACAGUUCCUGUCGGCUAUUCUGCUUCCCGGACAUUGGUAGACGAAGAUAUUUUGGAGAGAUUCCAUAAGCUGGGAUUCAGCAUCUUGCCCGACACCCGCCUGGAUGAAGAGCAGGUGAGAGAAGUGGUGAAUGAAGUCGAGCUUGAGCGCGAGGUUGAGAGACCGCUGCUGGAAAAGCCUGCAAAACACGUAGUUCAUGAGGAUGUCCGGUCUUUCAUUCAAACAGGCUGCAUUCGUGAAGGUUCUGGCGUGUUCACUCCAAUUUUCGACAUUCUCACCACAACUUCGGUUGCCAUCCCGAAAAGUCAGCCAUGGACCCAUCACGUGCUUGCCUCGAGGGAUUUUGCUACAGUCAUGCAUGGCUUCUCAGACAAAACAGACAAUUAUAUUCGCCCAGUCAAUUGGAUCCUUUCAAGCACAGCGUCGGGCGUGCCAGUGCUAGCCAUCAUCAGCCCCUUCGAGGUUAACGAUUUACUACCAGACAUCCGAGCAAGUACGCAAGUUCACUUGCAUCUUUAUACACCACGCGUCAUCAGAAUGAUGAAACCAUGCGAUGAUUUGCGCCUUUACAGUAUACCAUCACUCCCCGUGCAGUGGAUGCCACCUGAGGCUCUCAUACUGCAGCUUAAUACCUUUGCUGGACAACUCUACUUUCCUCAUUAUAGCACGUAUGUGCGACUGUGCCGCUUCUUGGGGAUCUACAUCGAGGGUCAGGGUGAGUUUAAAGUUCAAAGCGAUGGAUUCAUUAGACCAGAGGAUCGAUCUUCUCCUGCUGCGAAUCAACCCGACCUUUUCGAACAGUCGCCCAUACCUAUGUUGAAAGCGCUUUUUAAUAUCAGACGCAAGGGAAUGGGGUACUUGCCCACCCACAUCGGGAAAAUGUUGAGCGCUCGACGGUUGACAGACGAAGAUUUCGAAGAGAUCGCCUGA